ACGUGAUUUGGUCCGGGCGGGUGAGAAUCUGCACCGACAACUAGACUCCUCCUUCGGCACCCCGCACCCCGAGAUAAAAAGAAGCUGUCCUUUAGCGAGUUUCAGGCACCAAGUUAUUUACUCGGUAGAGAUAAUGAGUUUGCGCGGAUCUCUGCGCUUCCCCCGCACCCUGCUGGUGAUACACUUUGAGACGACCGGCUUGUUAAUUAACUUUAAUCACAGUCAUUUGGCCUCCACCUGCCUGAACCCAACACCGUACACCGGGACCUGUCGGCAGUCAGUUUACUAGAUUGAUCUUUCAUUUUAGUUUGGAGACAAGUCUCCUGGGAGAAUGGGUGAGCCAUCUCAUUUCGUAAAAAGCUUAAGCACAUAAAACAUUCACUGUGAAGAAAAUAACAUUUUGAGACAUUUCUCUGUUGCGAGUGAUAGAGGAAAAACCAAUACAGAAGUGGACUUUCCUGUGUGUGUCUCCUUGUACUGCUUUUGAUAACUCAGCUUAGUAAUGAAGCCACCAUUAUGUCCUCAGUCAGUGAAGUAAAUGUUGAUAUCAGAGAUUUCCUAAUGAGCAUUAAUUUGGAGCAGUAUCUCCUACGCUUCCGCGAGUUUGGUUUUGAUACUGUGAAGGACUGUGCAGCAGUCAAUGACAGCGUGCUGCACAAAAUUGGAAUAUCACCUACAGGACACCGGAGGAGGAUACUGAAACAGUUGCAGAUAAUCUUGUCAAAAAUGCAAGAUAUCCCAAUAUAUGCAAAUGUUCAUAAAACAAAGAAGGACGAUGAGACUUCAAAGGUUCCCCAUGUUCCAUUCUCUGAUGGGAGUAACUCCGUAGAUCUUUCAGAUGCAGGUGGUAUUCAGGCACCUAGCCCAACGCAGUGGGAGACUGUUACCAAAACUCUUGAUCAAAAUGAUGUUAGUGUAGAAAAUAGCCAGUCUCUUAAAUCAGAUGAUAAGCUGUCUCUUCCUAAACACAACUUUCCCCUUCCAGAAGAAGAACCACACCCAAGUUUGAAUUCUUUUCAGCAUACUUUAUUUGGUAGUGAAAAUAUUAAAGGAGAAUCUUUGAUUACAGAGAUAACUAUGGAUUGCGCAAUCGAAGAGCAGCAAACAAACAGAGCUGAUUUGAUCUCAGAAAAUGUGAGCCAGCUUCCUGAUGUAGACUCUGAAUGCCUUUCUUCCCUCCGCCCGUCAGUAUCAGAGGCAAAUUCUGGAAGUGGAACUAAUGGUUUAUUAGAAAGAUCACUGCCAUCCCCAUUCUUUCAAUUUCAAGGAGAGAUGGUUGUAAAUGAUUUGUAUGUUCCGUCGUCACCAAUCCUAGCACCCAUGAGAAGCCGUAGCAAGCUGGUUUCAAGACCAUCUAGAUCUUUUCUGCUAAGACAUCGUCCUGUACCAGAGAUUCCAGGGUCUACAAAAGGAAUUUCAGGGAGCUAUUUCCGUGAGAGAAGAAACAUUGCUACCUCAACUGGAAAGUCUGUGACACAGGAAAAUUCAAAGGAGGAAAAUUCAUCUUCCAUUUUUCCUUAUGGAGAGACCUUUCUCUUCCAGAGACUAGAAAAUUCCAAGAAGAGAUCUAUAAAGAAUGAAUUUUGGACCCAUGAAGAAACACUCAAAGGGGAAACAACUACUGAAAAAAACUCUUUUCUUGUGAAAUCAAGCAUAUAUGAUAACAGGAAGGAGAAUAUAAGCGAAGACAAAGCAGAAGAUAUUUGGAUACCUCGAGAGGACAAAGUUAAUUUUCCAGUAGACUCUGCUUCAGAAUCAGAAUAUUCAACAGUAGAAGAAUGCUUUCAGAGUUUAAGAAGAAAAAAUUCGAAGGCAUCUAAAUCUAGGACUCAAAAAGCAUUGAAUUUGGACCCUGUUAAUAGGCACAGUUAUCCGUUAAGCUCAACAAGUGGAAAUGCUGAGUCCUCAAUCGUUUCCUCAAAUGCAAUAUCUCCCUAUGCCUGUUUUUAUGGGUCCUCUGCAAGGAAGGUUAAAUCCGGAUGGCUAGACAAACUCUCCCCUCAAGGAAAACGCAUGUUUCAGAAGAGAUGGGUGAAAUUUGAUGGCCUUAGCAUUUCUUAUUACAAUAAUGAGAAGGAGAAGUAUUCAAAAGGAAUAAUUCCUCUUUCUGCUAUAUCUACGGUACGAGUUCAAGGAGACAACAAAUUUGAAGUUGUUACAACACAAAGAACUUUUGUUUUUAGAGUAGAAAAAGAAGAGGAGAGAAAUGACUGGAUCAGCAUACUGUUAAAUGCACUGAAAUCACAGUCUCCUGCCUUGCAGUCUCAAGCAGCUGCUGCACCUGAGAAAUGUGGAUAUCUUGAAUUGAGAGGGUAUAAAGCCAAAAUUUUUACUGUGUUAAGUGGAAACAGCGUGUGGCUUUGCAAAAAUGAACAGGAUUUUAGGAGUGGACUUGGUAUUACCAUAAUUCCUAUGAAUGUUGCAAAUGUAAAGCAAGUGGUCCGAACUGUAAAACAGUCUUUUGAAAUAAUCACUCCCUACAGGAGUUUUAGCUUUACAGCCGAGUCUGAAAAAGAGAAACAAGAGUGGAUUGAAGCUGUGCAGCAAUCGAUAGCAGAAACUCUCUCUGAUUAUGAAGUAGCUGAGAAGAUUUGGUUCAAUGAGUCCAACAGGAGCUGUGCAGAUUGCAAAGCCCCGGAUCCUGACUGGGCAUCCAUCAAUCUCUGUGUUGUCAUCUGUAAGAAGUGUGCAGGACAACAUAGAUCUUUAGGACCAAAAGAUUCCAAGGUUAGAAGUCUGAAAAUGGAUGCCAGCAUUUGGAGCAAUGAACUCAUUGAGCUCUUUAUUGUCAUUGGAAACAAAAGAGCAAAUGACUUCUGGGCUGGUAAUCUUCAAAAAGAUGAAGAAUUACACAUGGACUCACCCGUAGAAAAGAGAAAAACCUUUAUCACUCAGAAGUACAAAGAAGGAAGAUUCAGGAAGACUCUACUAGCGUCUCUCACCAAAGAAGAAUUAAAUAAGGCUCUGUGUGCUGCUGUAGUGAAACCAGAUGUUUUGGAAACAAUGGCUUUGCUCUUCAGUGGAGCCGAUGUCAUGUGUGCAACUGGAGACCCUGUGCAUAGCACCCCCUAUCUGCUGGCCAAGAAGGCGGGACAGAGCCUGCAGAUGGAGUUUCUCUACCAUAACAAAUUCUCAGAUUUCCCUCAACAUGACAUUCACUCUGAAGGUGGAUUAGGUCAAGAGCCUUCCCAAUCCAUGUUCCUCUGUGACUUUUUGUAUCAGGCUUCUGCCGCUGCUUCUAAACUUUCUACAGAGAAAAAACUGCUUGAAGAGACAAAUAAAAAGUGGUGUGUUUUGGAAGGAGGCUUCUUGAGUUACUAUGAAAAUGAUAAGUCUACCACACCUAAUGGCACCAUUAACAUCAGUGAAGUUAUCUGCCUGUCUGUCCACAAAGAGGACUUCUAUUUAAAUACCGGGCCCAUCUUUACCUUUGAGAUCUAUUUACCCUCAGAACGUGCGUUUUUAUUUGGAGCAGAAACAUCUCAAGCUCAAAGAAAAUGGACAGAGGCAAUAGCCAAGCAUUUUGUUCCCUUUGUUGCUGAAAACUUAACAGAAGCUGACUAUGAUUUGAUUGGUCAACUCUACUACAAAGACUGCCAUACCCUGGAUCAGUGGAGAAAAGGCUGGUUUUCUAUGGACAAAUCUAGUUUGCGUUUUUGCCUUCCAAUGCAAGAAGUUCAGGAAUAUAGAAUGCACUUAAGAAGACUACAAGAGCUAACAAUCAGCACAGUGGUUCAAAAUGGGGAAAAAAUAGAUGUCUUGCUCUUGGUAGAAAAAGGGAGAACAUUAUACAUCCAUGGGCAUAGCAAGUUGGAUUUCACAGUCUGGCAUACUGCAAUUGAAAAAGCAGCAGGUACAGAUGGUAAUGCAUUACAAGAUCAGCAGCUCAGCAAAAAUGACGUUCCCAUUAUUGUGAACAGCUGUAUAGCAUUUGUUACACAGUAUGGUUUAGGAUGCAAAUAUAUCUAUCAAAAGAAUGGUGAUCCUUUGCAUAUAAGCGAACUCCUGGAGAGUUUCAAAAAGGAUGCAAGGAGCUUUAAAUUGAGGGCUGGAAAACAUCAGCUUGAAGAUGUGACAGGCGUGUUGAAAAAUUUUCUCUCCAACAUUGAUGAUGCACUUCUUACUAAGGAGCUGUAUCCAUAUUGGAUCUCUGCUUUAGAUACUCAAGAUGACAAGGAAAGAAUUAAAAAGUAUGGGGCAUUUAUACGUUCUCUUCCAGGGGUCAACCGAGCAACGUUGGCAGCUGUAAUCGAACAUCUUUACAGGGUUCAGAAAUGCUCAGAAAUCAAUCACAUGAAUGCCCAUAAUUUGGCCUUGGUCUUUUCAUCCUGUUUGUUUCAAACUAAAGGACAAACUAGUGAAGAAGUGAAUGUAAUCGAGGACUUAAUUAAUAAUUAUGUUGAGAUAUUUGAGGUUAAAGAAGACCAAGUCAAACAAAUGGACAUAGAAAAUAGCUUUAUUACCAAGUGGAAAGACACUCAAGUUUCCCAGGCUGGAGAUUUGUUAAUUGAAGUGUAUGUGGAAAAGAAAGAACCCGACUGCAGCAUUAUAAUUCGGAUCUCUCCUGUGAUGGAAGCAGAGGAAUUAACUAAUGAUAUAUUAGCAAUAAAAAAUAUAAUUCCUGUGAAAGGUGAUAUCUGGGCCACAUUUGAAGUCAUUGAAAAUGAAGAGCUAGAACGCCCACUUCACUACACAGAAAAUGUGUUGGAACAGGUGCUUCGGUGGAGUUCACUAGCUGAACCUGGUUCUGCUUAUCUUGUGGUGAAGAGAUUCUUAACCAUUGACACAGUCAAUCACUAUAAUGUACAGAGAAAAGUACACCCUGCUUGCUCUGUGCCAAGUACUGUUCUAAGCACUUCACCCACCAAAUGCAUGGGGUGAGUAUCAUAUGUAUCCCCAUUUUUCAGGUGAAGAAACUGAGAUUCAGAGAUGACUACCUGAGAGUGAGUGGAGGAUGUGGUUGUCAUUUUUUCUUAUGUUUAUUUACUUUUGCUAGGGGGGGAGGAGGGACAGAGAGAGAGGAAGACACAGAAUCUGAAGCAGGCUCCAGGCCCUGAGAUGUCAGCACAGAACCUGACCCAGGGCUCAACACGGCUUGAACUCCAGAACAGUGAGAUCAUGACCUGAGCCAAAGUCUGACGCUGAACCAACUGAGCCACCCAGGUGCCCCUGUAGAUGUGGCUGUCAUUUAAACCCAGCAUCAGAGUGUGCCCUUAGUCACUGUUGCUAUGUCAGCUCUCGUAGGUUGGGGAGGAAAGUCCAAAGCACACAUUGUUUUAAAAAGCAAAUAUGAAAUUAUCAUGUACCUAAGAGGUAAAUUAUUAAGCAAAUAGGAUUUAUACACCCAGGAACUAGAUUAUAUCUUAGAGUGUAGGGAUAUAAAUAAUAAAUAUGAACUAGAAUUCUUAGAAAAAUCUCUGCGGGUAAGUACAGAAGUAGGUACAGAUGUGGGAUAGAAUUUGUAUAGAAGCAAGAAGAAUGGAAUUUCUCUCAAGUUUAUUCAGGUAAUCAACUUGAGACAUGGUGUAGAGAUGAUUAGUUUUCCAAACAGUAUAUUAUGAUCAAGUGAACUAUAAAUAUAUUUUUAUUUAAUAUUUUAUAGAGAUGGGUAGGAGAAAUUUGUUAAUUUAGCCCUUUAAAUGUCAGGAAAAGGAGUUUAGACUUUUUUUUUUAAUGAUAAAAAAGUAAAGCAUUAAAUAGAAAAACAAGGCUUUAGAUGGGGUGGGAUGGGGGGAUUAACAUGUUAAAAUAGCAUUUGCAUAACACAAAUCUGGAAUUAUUUGCUGGAGCCAUUAGAACAAAGGGCAUGGAGUUAUAAAAUCCUGGAAUCCCCAGGUAGUAGGUAGAAAAGGCAGGGGUUAGAGUAAUGGCAUUGGGAAUAAAAUAGAAUUGAACCCCAAAGAGAAAUUCUCAAAGAACAAUGGCUGACUUGCUAGCUGACUGGACAUGAAGGAAAAAGGAGGAGUAUAUAAUUUGGAAGUACCAUUCCUGGAUUUAUGUUUUUCCCUCCCCCUCUCUCUGUCUCUACCUCUCCUUCCCAGGAUCCUUCCACCUCCUCUACAGUCUGUUCUUUUUUGGGGAUUAGGGACCACUAGUUAGGGAUUGUCCAUUUGUGUAAGAACUUGUGGUUUUCAAAUGGUUUGGAAAAACUUUUUUUAUUGUUAUCAGUUUCAUCGUCCCAGUAAUAUGAUAGUCUAUUUAAAUAAAUUUGGCUAUUCUGUUUUGUUUCAUACAUGAGACUUUUAAGGGCCUUUCUAACUAAUAACAAAAUUAUAGCGCAAUCAAGAAUACUGGCUCUUAUUUUCCUUAUCUCCAGUGUUAACUCGAAAGACCCAUUGUUUAACUUCACUUGUUCCUUCCAUGUCCUAGUAAUCAACAAGAAGGGGAAAGGCAUUUAUGAUUCUCUAGAUAUAACAGAAUGCCGGUAUUCUGUUGGAAUGAAAGACAAAGGUAGUAAAGGAAAUUGUACCCAUUAGGGUACAUCCCAUAAUGUUUCUCUGAAGGAAUUAGGUGCUUAGAGGAGUGCAUUAAAUCUUCACAUGUGUUAUAUUUGCAAAUACAUUAGAUGAUUUUCCCAAAUCUUUUAGUGCAUGAUUCAUUUGCUUUAGCUGGUUUCUUUUUCCAUUGAAAGCAGAUUUACAUGGUGUGUCCUAUGUUUUUCUUUCCUAUUUUCUUUUUUAAAUUCGUAUUACAUAGAAAUAUUCUGUGCUUAUUAACUUACAGCAUGGCUAAGAUUGAUACUGUGGACCAUAUGACGUGUGAAAUCAUUGUUUUGAUUGGAUCAGAGGGACUCAGUGUAUAUUGAAUAAGUAUAGGAGGGGGUAUAGCCAGAAAGACUGCCUAUGUGGCUUUAGAAAUACUAGUGCUCUGAAGUUUGAAGCUAAAAAAAAAUGACAUCUAGAAAAAUCACUGUGCUGUGAGGGACGAUGGAAAUAGCAAGAUCUCACAGAGUUAUGAAGGCAAACCAUAGCAGGGAGACAGGAGUACUGGCCAGAAUCUCAAGAAUUAUGAAGCAGAAAGCCCACUGCAAAGAUCUGAAUAGCAGAAGUUUGAACUCUAGCUCAGGAGAGACAUGCAGAACAUAAAACUUACAUUUCUGACAAACUGGAGGUGAAUUCAAACCUGGAUGGGGUCUGGGAAGCAGGUACAGUGGAUACAGCUGGCAUGAACUUUGUACUGAAUGAGACUCCUCUGAAGCAGAAGACCCUAGUAAGCUUUCUGCCUGGGGUGAAGAGGGGGGGCAGUGAAAAACUGAGAGUGAAGUACCCCACUGUUGAGGGACCAAGCAGUACUGGAAAGGUUUGGAAAAGUGAAGGAUUGGAAGCCAUUUAAUUCAUAACCUUAGUUUUAUUAUGUGCUGAGUCACACAUGAUGGCCCCCAAAGUCUGUAGUUUCAUUUUGCCAUUUACAUAGUGGGUAAUUUUUCUCCGUUUUAACAUUUUGAGCGCAUCCAGAAUUUCGUUGUGAGAGCCUUUAAAAAUUCUUUAAAGUCCUUGAUAGUUACUGAACUUCUUUAUUUCAGAGUCUUUCAUUCUUUCCUCAUCUUUCACAUUUAUUUCUCUCAAAGCCCUCCUCCUGAGUCCCUUAAAGUAUGCUGCAAGAUAUAACUAAUAUACUCAAUUAUGUAAUUAUUAUUAAAAUAAAUUUUAACAAGUAUGAGCCCAAACAUAGCAACAAUAUUUUUUCCCUAAGCUUGUUUUCUCUUUGACCUGCAAAUGGUUUACUUAGGCACUGGACAUAUGGUUACUGGUAAAACUUGAAAGGCUUAUUCAUUUGGACAAAAAUCUAAAUGAAAAAGUACAAUUAGAAGGUGUAAAUGGAGGGGCACUGGGUGGCUCAGUCGAAUGUAUGACUCUUGAUUUUGGCUCCGGUCAUGAUCCCAGGGUCAUGGGAUCGAGCCCUGGGUCGGGCUUCCCACUGAGUGUGGAGUCUGCUUAAGAUUUUCUCUCUCUCCAUGGAGAAAAAAAAAAAAAAAAAAAAAAAGUAUAAAUGGAAUUUGUUUGGCUUAAGCAAUAUAUAACAUCUAUAUCUCACAACUUGAUUAUAAUUUAAACUUUUAAAAAGAUUUACCUAUUUCUAAACUAACAGUAUUAUGAAUACCAUUCUCAACUUUCCUGUUCUAAAUGAGCUGAAUCACUAAGCCUACUGAAUGUUUUUUGAAUUGCUCACUUCUGUUGGUAGACACAGCAUUAUUUGCUAGCCCAUACUUUUUUUUUUAUUUUUUUUU